GUUCAGGAAGCACACCCUGCCAGUCCAACACAUCAUGUUUCUCUGGAGGUUCAGUGAAGGAAGUAUGUUGCCGUAAGAGACAAGGUUCUUCAAAUCUUAUCAAUCACUCUGAUGUUUAAACUUAAGAUAGGGGACAUUUUUUACAACCAUUUUGACGGCUGCUUAACUACGUGAACAUCAUCAGUUUUGAUCCUCCGGUAAAUGUAAGGACGCACUCACUGGUCAUCUUUGUUCAAUCAUCAGGUCAGUCACAGCUGACCAUGGAGGACAGAACAGACAGUUCCAUAGCUGUGAAGGUGGAGGAGCACUCUCGGUUUGUCAUCCUGACUUAUUUCCAGGGGGACAUCAACAGCAUGGUAGAUGCUCACUUUAACCGUGCUCUUAGCAAAGUCUGCAAGGUCAAGGCGCCGGGAGGAAAGACAAAGAAAAUCCGUAAAACUAUUAAACUGGAAGACAACAGCCCUCAGGGGAGACCUGCCGACUGUUUCUCAGACUCACAAGGCCCCCCCGCAGCAGGACGGCUCCUCGACUUCAGCUCUGCAGAAGACACUCCUGGAUCGUGGUCCUCGUUCACCACCAGGGCGGGAGAGAGCCCGGGGCUGCCGUCUAUCGCCUACUCUCUGUCCCCAGAAGGGCUGAGUCUUACUGGACAGCAAUACGCCACAUCCCUGCUGAACCUGCUGCAUGUUGACCAGGGUCAGAUGGGACCCAGCAUGGCCUCCAGCUCCAAACCAGAUCUGCACCCCAGCUGGACGAUGCCUCAGGGAUUUAGAGACCCUGGGGACCCCGCUGUGGGCUUUGAACAUGGACGUCGUCUGGAAAAGAAGGACUUAUACUGGUAUUGAGGGGAGAGGGGCUGCAGCAGCAGUGACAGGAAACACCACAUACCUGUGGCUCUGCAAAGCCAACUGGCUUUCGGUUAAGCUGUCAGAUGUUCUCUCGUCAAACAGGCGUCACUGAGUGUCAUCUGAGAAUAAGCACAGAAGAAACACUGCACGCUUCCAUUCCCUUCUUAUUUUCUCAGUAAAAAUGACCUCAGUACGUCAGCAUGCACCAACUGGAACAGCCUUCCUGAAAGGGAAUAGUCUCUGAUAAACCUGUUCUGUAACUAUGUCGCUCCUCUUGUAUCUCAAAGCACUGUAUAUAUUGUUGCUCCUGUUGGUUGAAGGGCAUUUCCUUGUGCCCUACAGUAUAAGGCACUUCUUUCUGUGGGCCCACACGGGUAAAUACACCAGUAUUACAGAAAGUGUAUAAUAAUGAAGGUUAAUACCUGUCUGCGGUUCAUCUCUAUAACUUUUAGUUGCUGUGAGUAUAUUUAAUUUUCGAAAAACAAAAAAAUGAAGGAUAUUGAUGUUUUGUUAAUUACUUUUUUUUGUAUAUCAACCUUGUUGUGAAUUGUACAAACAAAUUGAAACAUAUACAAUGUGAAAUAAAUAACUGAGCAAA